GAUAUCAAAUUUAUAGUCUGAAAUUAUGACAAAUUAUAAUCCAAAUUGUGGUUAUUAUGAGGAUUACAGUAAUUACUACACAAACAACAUUUACCAACAGGAUUAUUGCAUGCAACAGGAUUACGAAUAUAACAAACAUUAUGACCUCUUUGAUGCAAAACUACCGCCAUCACAACGUUCAUCCGGUUUCCACAUAUCCGAUAUAUUAAAUUUGGAUGGUGCUGAUUUAAAGCAUGGAGUCGUGCCACAUCCGACGGCAGCUACAACUGAUAUUAGUCAUAAUAGUAACAAUAACAAUAAUAAUAGCAGUAAUAAUAACAACAACAAUAAUAGUAAUAGUAAUACGGAUGCCAAUAGCAAUCAUUUAACGCCAGCAACCGUGUUAGCUGGAGCGUCUGCAACUAUUUCACCCACAGAUAAUCACUCUACAUUAAAUACCAGUGCAACAAUUGAUGUUGGUAGUGCUCCAUUGAAUAGUGUCGAUCACGUCAGUAUACAUGGACCACCAUCCGCUAGUUCAGCCCAAGCGGCUGCCCACCUACUUGCUAGUCAUAAUGCUGCUGCUGCCGCUGCUGUGGCGGCUGGUCAAUAUUUACCAAAAAAUUUUCCCAAUUUCGGUGAUGAAAUGUCUUCAUAUCAUCAUAUGGCACACACAAUGCUAACACAUCCCGCAGGCCGUGGAGCGUGGAUUAAAGAAAAUGAUUUAUAUGGCAUACAACAACCUGCAAGUCCUGAUAGUACGUCGCCAGUUACUUCCGAAGUUUCGUACACUUACAUUGGUUCAAAUUGUCAAACAUCACCAGCCUUAUCUGCUGAUUAUAAAACCUAUAGCCGUUCAGCUGAUAGCGAUGCAUUAUCCGUCGGCGAUGCAACAAUGCACAUGCAUCCUCACACUGUGACGCAUCAAAUGCACAAGAGCAGUACCGGCGGUAAUAACAGUUGUACAGAUAACGCCAGUGGUAGUUCCUCAAAUCCUCAUGAUGAUAGUCUUAUUGAAGAUGGUAUCGAAGAAGAUAUAUUAGACGAUGAAAACGAUGGAGAUGGCAGUGGCAAUGGGUCUGGCAAUUGUGGUGAGACUAUGCCUAAUAAAAAACGUAAACGUCGAGUACUAUUUACUAAAGCGCAAACAUAUGAACUGGAACGACGUUUUCGGCAACAGCGUUACCUUUCAGCUCCAGAACGAGAACAUUUAGCCAGUAUAAUUCGUCUAACACCUACACAGGUUAAGAUUUGGUUCCAGAAUCAUCGUUACAAGACAAAGCGCGCACAAAAUGAAAAAGGCGUUUAUGAUCAUCCCGCCAUGCAUGGUCAUCCGCAUCAUCCAUCUGCAUUGCCAUCGCCGCGCCGCGUUGCCGUUCCUGUUCUAGUGCGAAACGGUAAACCAUGUCUAAGUGAUGGGACAAAACUACCACAGGACUGUGUUACAGCUUCCAUGCAAAAUGCCGCAGCACAUCACUUAGUCUUGAAUGGUGCAUAUCAACAUGCGGCAGCUGCUGCGGCGGCUGGAUUGCACGCACAUCCGCAUCAGCGUGGUUGGUGGGCCUAAUGUUGCUGCAACAAUAUUUCCUAAAGCCUUAAGGCGUGUGUUAUAAAUAACAGAGCCAGAGCCGACACUUUCGGCUUAAACAAACAAAAAUGCUGCUGGUUGGUCAUUUUUAAAGUUACUCACUGUAGUGUUUAUAAAGCCAAAUACAUGAAAAAUGGUUAAAGUAUUUAAAAUUUUGAGUAAAAAAGUAUUUAUGUGCAAAAAUGGUUAAGUCGUGCGACUUUUGAUAUAAAAGCGCUGUUCCAAAGCGACUCGAAUAUUGGACAAUAAUUAAAAAAAAAAAUUUAUAUCGGUGCAAUAUUUAAAAUGUAUUUAAAUAAUAAAUAAAAAUUUAUUCUAAAAUAUUUUAUUUAAUUAAUAACUAAAAAUUAAAAAUUUUUAGCUGUUAGCAAUAAUGAAACUGGAGCACCAUUGAAUUGUACAUAGAG